UGACCAACUCGUAUCAUUGUGAGGAGUGAUCCAAGUCGCGGGUCGCGAGCGUUAAACUAUUAUUAGCCUCGAACAAAACCAAAAAUGAAAUGAAUUUCGAGAUGCCAACCAAAUUCCGUGCAGUGUAUUCGCGGAAGCGAUCUUCAGAUAAACCGCCGUAUCGUUCCACAGAUUAGUCAUUCGCUCUCGUAUAAAUUGUCCCACGAAAUAACGCAUUGUUGAAUUUAGUAGUUUUUUAAAUGGACAAUGAAGCGGUUAGUGGUUUUAGUCGCGGUGCUUGUGCAAGUGUUCGCCUCUCGUCAAGUGUCCUACAGCGACUACAGAUUGUACCGACUGACACCCAGAACCGCGUGGGCACUGAAGGAGCUACAGAAAUUGCAGAAUCGCGGAGAGGAAGUGCAAUUUUGGACGGACGUGCGGACCGUCGAUGUGCCUGUGGACGUCUUGGUGCCGAAGUAUGACGCAAUCAAAAUUGAAAAGUUUAUUAAAAAUUACGAGGUGGACGCUGUGCUGUUGAAUGCAAACGUGCAAGACAGUAUCAAUGAGGAGAAUGAGGAGUCGGAGACGAGUUCCCACUUCCGAUGGGACAAAUACCACACUCUCAACGAGAUUAACGAGUGGUUGAUGUCUUUGGAGGAACGGUUCCCUGAACAUGCGAAGCUAAUAAACAUCGGAAAAUCGCACGAGCAAAGGGACAUUUUGGGGGUUCGAUUGUCCUUCCGUCCCCAAAACGCAAAUCGGGUGGUUUUCAUCGAGUCCAACGCGAACGCCAGAGAAUGGAUAACUUCUGCGAUUUCAACGUACUUAAUUGAUCAGAUCUUGACGAGUUCCGAUCCGGAAAUGCGGACAAUUAUUGACAGAUUCGAUUGGUUCAUUGUUCCUGUUGUAAAUCCAGAUGGAUUUGAAUACACCAAAACUUUUGACCGUCUCUGGAGAAAGACUCGAGGUCCCCACUCCUUGAUUUGUUACGGGGUCGACUUCCAGAGGAACUGGGAGACGUACUGGUGGCGACAGGAUUCGGACAAUCCAUGUUCAGAAAUCUACAAAGGUCCCAGCGAGUUCUCAGAGCCUUCCGUCGAAUAUUUGGCGAGGUUCCUGGGCAAGAUGGGAAAGAACAUUGUUGGGUACGUGGCGUUCAAUUCACAGUCGUCGGGUCACAAGAAGAAAUAUCUGGAGAAUGACUCAAGGAUGAUGGAGAUACGCUUCGGAAAUAAGACUAAAGAAGGGAAUGUGGAAAUAAUUUUAGACUCCAAUGUAUAUGGAGGAAUGGAGUGGGUGAAAACGAAAUUCAACACCCCCAUUUUGUUGAACUAUCACGUCAGAGAUAGAGGAAGAUACGGCUUAAUUAUACCCCACAGUCAAAUAGUUCCUAUAAGCAAAGAAACUUUUAAAUCCCUUAUCAGUGAAGUGAGUCGAUUCGACUCUCGAUGACAAUGGAUAAUCAAUACAUAAUGCUUAGUAAAUAUUAAAUCGAACAAUCUGUGUUAUUAGGAUAAUAAAGGAUUUUUAAACACCA